ACUAGUUUAGAUGCAGUCUUAUCAAAUAUGGCUAGACAUCAAAAAUUAGAUAAUAUGCUUGAUGAAAAAUUUGAUUCAUUAUAAAAUCAUAUAUAUAUAUAUAUAUCAUCUUAGAUUUGUUGCAGCUGACAUAAUAUAUUAAACUAGAGUUAUGGGAGUCCAAGGAUAUUCUAUAGCAUCCGACUUAAACACAAGAAAAAGUCGUCUGGGGUGCUCUGUGUGUAAAAAAAAAAUCAAUAAUGAUACACAGAUUGAACAUUUUUCAUCAAAACCCUGGAUUGAUAAAAAACAAAUAAAAAACAAUGUUUCUGAAAAAAAAUUAAAAAAUUGUGAAUAUAUUAAAUUAGCGCCAACCGUAGUAUUAAGUCCUAAAAUUAGUGAAUGUUAUUGUAAUCAUAUGAAACAAACAAAAACUGAAUCCUUUCCAAAAUUAAUAUGUUCAAAGAGGUUUACAACACCACAAUUGACAGAUGUUGACGAAAAGUGGUUGAAUGAAAUUAUUGAAUUUAGACGUCAAAAUUGGUUUGAUUGUCAUGCUGAUUCAUUUAUUGAUGGCAUUUCUCUUCAAAAUGUUAUUCCUUUAAAUAUUUUUAAUGAACACAAACUAAAUUGUAACCAUCAAAAUAAUUCAAUAUCAUUAACUUCUACUGAUGGUAAUGAAUUAAAAACUGAAAAUCCAUUUGUAUAUUUGGAAAAUACUACUGCAGUUGAAAAACACCUAAAUGUUCAAAAAAAAACUUAUGUUUCUAAAUUUGCUGAGAAAAAAAAAAAAAAUCCAAAUGCAGUUUAUAAACCUUGGAUACCACCAUCAUCAACAUUAUCGACAGUUCAUUACACAUUUUAAUUUCUCGAUUUAAUUUUUAAAUAAUAAUAUAUUGCACUUGAAUUUUUUUUUUUGUUAGAUAAUAAACUAAUUAUUGUUAAGAUUACCUAUGAAUAUAUUAUUAUUAUUAUUUUUUAUUUAAUAUAUUAAAAUGUCUCAGCAUACAAGAUGCUAUUACAAGUAUAAACAUUAAUAUAUUAUUAUACAACUCUGUAAACACUACAUUAUCAUUGUAUAGGUAUUACUUAUUUUUGUAUUUACACUAAGAAAAAACAUUAUUUUGCAUCAAAUAUUUUUGUGUAAGUAUACAACAAUGUUAUGUAUGUUUACAUAAUAUAAUUAUUAUUGUGCAAUAACUAGGUAUUUCGAAUUUGUAUGGAUAAAUUAUUUUAGUUUUAGUAUUACAAUUUAAUAAAAGAUAUAUAUAGUAAUAAAAUGUAAUGAUAAUUAAUCUCAAGUAUUU